AUGUUGAAAAACUUUAAAUUAUCCAAGAGAAAUAGUGACUCAAAGGGAAGAAUUACCUCUUUAGAUAUUUCUACUCCAACAAAUGUUUCCGACUCGAGUAUGGAUGCCUCCUUCCAUAUGAAAAAUGGGUCUGGUCUAUAUGGUACAGAGUCAGCAAAAUCUUCAAGUCGAUUAUCUUCCUCAUCGAAAAGAUUGUCAUCGAAAAGCAAACAUUCAUCACCUAUAAAGGGACCUUCAAUAGUUGCGUCUGGCCCCGAUAGGGUCAUUAAGGCUCUGCAUCAUUAUAAUGCAAAGUCAAGUAAAGAAUUAUCAUUUGGUAGAGGUGACUUCUUUUAUGUGACUAGUGAUAGAGGUGAUUGGUAUGAUGUAACAAAUCCUGCUGCAGGAAAGAGUGGAUUAGUGCCGAAAUCUCUCUUUGAAGUCAUAGAUAAAAGAUCCUCAUCUACAUCUAGUAUGGGUAAUACUUCAUUGACAGGUUCACAAACUGGAAAUAAAAAAUUUGGAUCUCUUUAUGCAAUUGUAUUAUAUGAUUUUAAAGCUGAAAAAUCAGAUGAAUUGAGUGUACAUGUUGGAGAAAAUUUAUUCAUAUGUGCUCACCAUAACUAUGAAUGGUUCAUUGCUAAACCUAUUGGUAGAUUAGGUGGUCCAGGUCUAGUCCCCGUUGGGUUUGUAAGUAUUAUAGACAUUGCCACAGGUUAUGCAAGUGGUAAUGAUAUUGGAGAUGAUAUUGCAUCAGUAAAUCUACCAACUGUUCAAGAAUGGAAAUCUAAUGUCGCAAAAUAUAAAGCCAGUAAUAUCACUUUGGGACAAUUUGAAAGCGAUUAUAAUCAGGAUCUUGCCAUGUUCGAUGAUGGUAACAAUACAAUAUCUCAAAUGAAUGGUGGAUUAUCAGCAUUUGCCUCUGAAGCAGAUGAUUUAAAUACAGAUUAUUUAACUAAUGCUGCAGUUUUGUCGUUCUCCUUCGAAGAUGAAAAAUAUUGGUAUGAGGUCAAUUGUGAACUAUCGAAUGGUAGACUUAGAAAAUUAAAACGUUCGUAUCAGGAUUUUUAUGAUUUACAAGUUCAAUUAUUAGAUAAAUUCCCAGCUGAAUCUGGUAAAUUAAGGGACAAAAAUGGACAAUGGACGAAAAGAAUUGUUCCUUAUAUACCAGGUCCUGUUCCGUAUGUGACAGAUUCUAUUACACAAAAGAGAAUGGAUGAUUUAGAUGUUUAUGUGAAAGAAUUAAUUAAGUUGCCAGAAUAUAUAUCAAAUUCACCAUUAGUGAAUCAUUUGUUUAAUGUUUCAGAUAAUGGUUUUGAUGGGGAAUAUAGCUCGGAGGUUCCAAGUCAAUCUGAGCUUCAAGAUAUCGAUGAAAAUAGAUCCGAAGAUAAUUUCAAUUCCGAAGGACCAAGACGCGUAUUAUCAUCGAGGAAGAAUAGUCGAGCAAGUAGUACUAACAGGAGAAUAAAAAAUGAGGAUAGUACUCUAACCGGUGAAGAUAUGAAAAUGUUCGACAGACUUUCUAAAUUAUCUCUAAACUCAUCAAAACCAAAAUCUAGACCACCAAGUGCAUUACCACCUGCAAUUAAACCAACGAAAAUUAAAUUUUAUUACAAGGAUGAUAUUUUUGCAUUGUUAUUGAGUCAUGACAUCAACUUUAUUGAAUUACGUGAAAAGAUCGCACCAAGGGUUGAAAGUGACGAUUUCAAAUUGUAUGUCAAACUUACCGAAGGUGAUGCAGAAGAGAUUAGGACUGAUGCUCAAGUAUUACAAAUUAUUCAAGCUAAACUGAAGAUAUCUGUUCACGACAGUUGA